AUGGAGCAACAGCGUGGAGUUUGUAGUCUCUCUUAUAGGGUACUCCACAGGAAUGGCGGAUUUCUGGAGAAUCCCUUUUCUCAUAUGGAGAAACGGAGGGGACACAAUAUCCUAUCCUUGUCGAGUGGUAUAGACGAGGUGGGGUCUCUGCGCUGGACGCUCGUGUUAUGGGCAAUACUCCUCAAAGUGAUUGUCAUUGUGAGUCUUUUGAAGAGCGUGAAGUCCGUCGGAAAGUUAAUGAUUUUUGCCACAUUCUUUCCACCGCUAAUUGGAUUGGCGAUGCUUAUUCAAGCAUUUACUCAAAAGGGUGCCAAAGACGGUCUACUAUUUCUCAUUACACCAGAUUUUACUAAACUAGCGGAUUCAAAGGUUUGGAUAGAGGCUUCAUUCAUGGCUUUCUACAGUGUUGGCCCGGGCUGGGGAGGUGUAUUAAUGAUGGGAAGCCAUAUGAAAUUCCACUCUAACUGUUUAAGCUGUGAAGGACAAGUAAACUUUUUUCUUGGUUGUCAAACCUGUGAAAACCAUGGUAACCACUUCGGUGGUCAUCAGUCAAGAGUCAUUGGGCUAGCUUAG